AUGGACUUCCUACGUCAGCUGGCUGUCGACCUGCAUGCGUUGCGGGUUGAAGCCAAGCGUAAGUAUCCCGUCGUAAAAGAAGCUGUAGAUCGUGCAUUAGAGACGUUACCAGCACUACAGCAGCAGUACGCGGCAUCUCUUCGUGUAGAGGGACGUGCACCUGGUCCUGGUCACUGUCUUUUCCAAAGCGAGAGCGUGUUGCGACCAUUUUUGCUGGCAUGUAAUCAUACCAAUGCAUCGCACAAGAUUUUAGUUCUGGCCUUAUCUAGUAUUCAACGUUUGGUCAGCUGGGAUGCUAUUGAGCCUGCUAGUGUGGGCAGUAUCUUGCGUGUAUUGCAGAUUCAGGCUGAGAAAAACACUCAUGCCGAUGUCCAAGUCAAACUGCUUCAAACUCUCUUGCAGCUGAUGACCUUAGCGUAUGAAGAGAGACAGAAAGAGUCAAGGAAAGCUAUUGAGCCGAUUCAAGAUAGUCAGAUGCAGUCGUGUCCUUCAGAUAAUAAUACCCUUGUGGGUAAUGAAGAUAUGGUCAUGCAAGCUGUAUGGAUUUGUAUCCAUUUGCACGCAACAAGCAGCAGUGCCAGUUCGUUAGUAGGUAAUACAGCAGCUAUGACAAUCCGACAAGUCGUUUCGCUUGCAUUUGGCAAAGUUGAUUCAAGUCAAGAAGCAAAGCAUGUGGGAGUGGUAUUAUUUCAAGAUUUGUGUUGUAUGAGUCGAGAAGAGAAUGGAAUAUGGCUGAAACGUACGACAGGAUCACCCAUGAGUGCAGCUCUUGGUGUUGAGCUACUAGAGACGGUCUUGGCAUCCCAUUAUGGUCUAUUCCGACUUGAUCUUGACUUUCAAGCUGUACUGAAGCAACAAAUGACACCUUUGGUACAGUGUGUACUCGAAUUAGGCUGUAACGACAAGCACGGUGGGUCUGCAGGAUCUGGAAUCACAGGCCCAACUAAUUCGUCCAUUACUACGAGCAAUACCAAUGGGACAGCAGGUCCAUUUUUUCCGCUUCUGGUACGCGGCAUGCGCCUUGCAAGCACCUUGUUGAGUCAUUUUGCGGACUGCCUUGAUAAAGAGUGUGCAUUAAUUCUACAUGUAUUACUCGAAAUUAUCGCCACAGGGACGUACGCUUCUCCAGACAUGAACAAAGCACCGCCUACUCCAACUAAAUCGCCUGACUCAAAAUUUAAUGCAGGAAAUGCGAUCGCAAAUUUAAAAGAUGCUAAAAACUUUCUAACUCACUCGGCUUUGCCAAAUGGAAGUGCUUCCAGUACUACUAGUCUUGGUGGAGGUGUGAAUUUUGUUACCUGGCCAGUUUUAUUGGCGCUUGAGGUGCUUAAUCGUGUAUGUCUCGAGCCCAAUAUGGUGGCAGCGAUGGUAAAUUACUCAGACGGCGUGCUCGUAGCUAUUACUCGUACGACGUCGUCGGUCAUUAUGACGUCUCCACCAUCAGAUUUUCGACCUCAAGGCCCAGAUGGAGCUACGCCACGCUCGGGGCUCGAAUUAUUAAAUGAACAAGAGACGCCCGUGCUACAGCAUUUUUUUCUCGCUAUCCGUGUCGCUGCUUCGUGUCAAAGUAAUAUGGCUGCUUCUGUGUUUGAGCUAUCGCGAUCGACGGACAGUGAAGAAGUUUGUGAAAAAUUGGCUAAAGCAUGUAUGGCUGUCGUCGCUCCUGCUGUUAUUCAGUCUAUGAAUUGUGUCAUGCGAUACUGUCGCGAAGUAGAUCUUGUAACCAUGUCACUUAAGUCGUAUCACGUCUUGGCUACUGUUGCUUCACGACUUCGAGCGAACAUGCAGAGUCCAAGUGCUCGCGAAAUGUGGUGUAAACAAAUGGAUGAUGUGGUACUGACGUGCUUACGUGCGCUUUGUGGAUUCUCAUUUCCGUUACCAGAUGGCAUUCGAGGUAACUCAAAGGGCUCAAUAUCCACGAUAGGAACGGGUAGUAGCGGCACAAGCGAAUAUUCUGACGAAGCAGUGACGGAUGAUGGGGAAAGUUGUGUCGUGGUGAUAAGUUGGCGCCAAGUGCAUGCGAUGAAAGCUCUUUUUGGUGCUGCUCACGUCAUGGAAGAAGAAUUGUCGCAAUUUGAGUGGUGUGUUCUCCUAGAAGGCUUUGAAAUUAUUGUCGGACUGACGGAUCCAAAGCUUAAAUCUGGUCAGCAGAAAUUACCGACGAAAAACUACCGAAUUAGCAUGUUUCGAGUUGAAGAUGAGGAUGUAGAGCAACAGCUGAUGAUGCUUAGUAACUCGAUCGUAGAUUUCUUUCGUGAUGCACUGAAGCUUAGUUCUGGGGCCCUACAUAGACUACUUGGUGCAGUUCGAAGAGUAUCGUGGAAUCAAGUGGGUUUACCCGCCCCAACACGAGACGUUAAGCCUGCACAAAGUUCGUCUGACUCUAUCGACGAAUGGACAUUGGUGGACAAGGACGACGCGUCUCACCUUGCGAGCAAUCAUCAUAUGCGCAUCUAUCAAAGCUACUUGGGUGUAGGACUCACUGGUUCCGGUGCAUUUAUGCCAUGUUUUGCACUACGGAUGCUAACGCAACUAGCUGCAAGCAGCCAACGCUCAUUUAAAGACGUGAUGCGAGAGCUUGUGCUCAUGAGCACGUUCGAGCCCCAACUACCACUCACUGUGGCGCAGUUUCCACAACUUGCUCAAUUUCAAUUCUUUGCGACGGACAGAAUUUUUCAAUUAAUGCAAACUGCCUUGCAAUCUACUACCAACAGUGAGGCGUUGGACUCAGUUGGUGAGAGCAGUCUUGCUAGUUCUCUCUUGGUGGACCAGCAAGAGUUGUUUGCACCGCUGUUGCAGCUGGCGCGUUCAGAUAUGAAAGAUCGUGUGUUGACUGGCAUGCUAGACCUACUCAAUGCUUGUGGGCACUUAAUUAACGCUGGAUGGCCACUGAUACUAGCGGCAGUGCAAGCAGCGUGCGAGUGUGGGGAUGGCAAGACCCAAGUGCAGGCGUUUAAGUGCUUGCGUGUUAUCGUUGACGACUUGAUGGUAUCGAUACCGAGUGAAUACCUGACCAACUGUAUCAAGUGCAUCGGAUGUUUUGGUAGUAAAGCUAAGGACGUCAACAUUAGUUUAACGGCAGUGAAUGAGCUCUGGAGUGUGGCAGAUAUGAUUGGCAAGGCGAAAGUGCGUUUACAAAGUGACGAUACAAAGCGAAAACUUGGGCACUGGGGCUACAUAUUUGCCGAGUUUAGUGCUGUAGCAUUAAAUAAUCGCGCCGAAGUGCGGAACAGUGCAAUCAAUACAUUAUUUGGCACUGCUGUGACAUACGGCGCACAGUUCGAUCUGAGUGAAUGGCAGCUCUUUGUGAACUCAACUGUGUUGCCACUUGCGGCCAAAUUGUGUGAGAUGCCAGGGAGAAAAAGCUCAAACUUACAGGAAAACGACGAACAGAAGAGCUCGAGCAACUAUGUGUUUCAUCAUUCACGGGAUAGUGCUGAAAAACAAUGGAAUGAGUCGCGUGUGCUUAUGCUAACAGGUAUUAGUCGCGUCUUGGAGACGAACUGGCCUCAUCUUUUGCAACACUCAUCGUGGUUUGCGUCCAUUUGGCGCAACUUACUGCAGCACGUGUCGCUGAAUGCUGCGUUUGGCAUGCCGAAGGAAGUGGUACUGGCAGCUAUUAAGACGCUUCAAACGCUGCUACAAGUAUCUUCAGCCGGAGACUUUGACCACAUAGCGCAGUCGCAACCUGUCCGUGCAGGCGUUGGUAUGCGCGUUGUGGGCGGAGCUCUGGUCUCAUCUUCGGUGCCUUCUACGGCUUCCUCGAAUCUCAGACGUGCGACGUCUGCUUCAGUAUAUCGUGAUCCAGCUUUAUGGGAGGAAGCAUUUAGCCAAUUAUUGCAGCUGUGUGACCAGAGACGAAGUGCUGUGAAUCAGAAUUCUGAGCAUCUGUUGCCGCUGAAGGAAGAUGAAGAACAGGAAAUUGCGAGCGCUGUUGUGUCCGUUUUAGUGGCGCUCUACCUGCAGGCAAAAGAUUUCGAAUUCAAGGAUGGACGCAACGUCGAGAAGAUGUUGGAUCUCUUUGCUGCCUUGAUUGCUUAUCAUGUGCUUGAUCCACCCUCGAUGAAGACCGUCACGAACAUCACUUCAAAUAGUUUGCAGUCGCGUGUAUUAAACGCGUUUGAAGAAUGCGGGUCGUUUGUAUCCCACCCGCAAGUCCACACAAAGAUGUUGGAUCAAUUAGUAAGUUACGUGACUCAAUCGUCAGAGAGAGAACUUGUCUUUUUCACGCGUCACGCACUCACAUCGCUGGUCAAGCUGUACGCUAGCGUGUCAAAGGAAGCAAGGGACAAGCGCUUUCUGUCGGUGCUCUUUUGCAUUCAGCCAUUCCUGAAGUUCGAUGCUAGUUUGUCAUCAGCUGCAUCCACUUUGGUUACAGCUACUGACAAACCGAUAAGUGCAGCGCAGAAAGCAGCGACGCAGCUGUGGAAGUAUGCGCUGCGUGUCCUUUUAGUGCUGAUUUCAAGUGGUCUUGUAGCGGUCCGACUGGCUGAAGCGUGUUGGCGUCCAUUACUCGAGACGAUUGCAGGCUUUGUGCAGCCACAUGGAGGAAAAUUUCCGUCGUGUGUGCAGUCGGAAGAAGAUGAAGUGUUAGUGCUUAGUGUUUUGGAGUGCGUGGUGGACAGUACGAUUGCAUUACUUAGCGAUAAUAGUGACGCCAAGAUGCGAACUGGACAACAGUAUCGUGCGUUUAUUGCUGAGCUGGUUGAUGUGCUGUGCUCAGGUGUGGAUGCAGUAGAGCAUCAAAAACCUAUGAUUCGGUGCUGCGUACGUCAAUUAACGACACUAUGUAUCCAAAUAGCAGACGAGGAGCUAGCGUCAUUCGCACGAACUCGAUUAGUAGCAUGUUGCAAUACGGCGUUGGUUCGAUUUACCGAGUUGGAUCCAUCUUCACAAUCAAAAUCACGCAGUAUAAGCACGUCAACGAAUUCAAAACCGUUGAUUCUGAGUGACAACUACCAGGUCGUAGCAGCCCGUGAAAGAGCAGUGGAGCUCUUAACCAGCGCAUUAGAAGCAGACUUCCAGCCACACAGUAUUCUAGAAUUGUAUCCAGCAUUGUGUGGAUGUAUCUCGUCCUCCGACCUUGAAGUGCGACAGCUCGUACAGCGUUUAUUAUUAAGUGGAAGACUAGAUGAGGUUUGCUUGGAGCUCAUGGAUGUGAGGAAGCGUCAGUCUCACUAA